AUGUAUGUGAAAUGGUUUGAUACAGGAAUGUUAUACUAUGUGAUUUUAGUGAUUUUAGUGAAUGUCACUUUUUGUAAUUUUCAAAUUUCCCACCGUUCCGUCCCCCCCCGACGUCGCAGGGGACGGAACCCAGAAGACAGAUGCCGGCAUCUGCGGAGGACAUUACAGGGGACACUGCAGGAGGGACAUCGCGGGAGCGCAGGUCAAGGUAAGAGAAGAACAGAUCAUGGAGCAACGCCGCAUGGUAAGCCCGAGUGUAGCUCGGGGUUACCGCUUGUGGUGCUGAAACUUUACCCCGAGCUACACUCGGGAAUACCACCAGGGAGGCUACUA